GUUUCUUAAUAUUAACUGUCUCGCAAAAAAUGAAUUCAUAUUUGUAUAUAUUUAUAUAUCUUUAAAAUGAACUGAGAACCUUGAAGCCAAUCAAGUCAAAAUCCCUGUGAUCUCAGAUGAUUUUCUCUUUCCAUUUUAUUUUUUUAUUUUUUGGUACAUUGUGCUUUAUUUCAUCUGAAGCUUUCAGUCACAAUCAAAAGUCCUAUCUGCCGAUCUUCCAUCGUUGGCAGCUUUAAUAAAAAGUUAAUAACUCGCCGGCUCUUUGCUACACUUACACCCUGGAUCAGGGGCAGAGGGGGUAACUGGGGUGUGAAAUAGACUGCAGUUAGUUGAUGGACUCAUGAAAAGGACUCGGAUGGCUGCUUGUCACUCACACAGCCGGAGAGCCGCCUCUGCUCCAUCUGAAGUCAAAAUAUGAAUCUAAAUAGCCUGGAAAAAGGGCAUUUCUCCACCAAUAGAUCCCUGAAGUGGCAUCAUCACGGGGAGUUAUUGGCGGCGCAGCCUCGCCUCGCCUGGCCCAGCCUCGCCCGCACCGCCGCGGGGUAGGAGGGGUUGUAGUGACGCCGUCAUCCAAUGGGCACCGGCUUCCUCCGGACGGAGCGCAGCAUCUUCUGUCUCAGCGGCACUUUUGCGCCAGACAAGUAGGGACGUUCUGCUGCUCAGCGGUGGAGAGAAGAGAGAAAAAAACCACAAAACCACUACGGGAGAUCCGGGAAUUAUACCGACUGACGGAGAUUCAUCCUUCUUCUUUUUCCUCCCCUGAUUGUUUCUUUUUUUUUCUUUUUGUCUUUCUUUCUCUCUAACCUUUUGGCUUUUUUUUAAUUUUUUGGUUUGUUUGUUUGUUCGCAAAGAUGAUCGCUGGCUGCAUCCUGUUGGCGUGCACCGUACUCGUGGGCGCAUCCUCGGGGAGCAGGGCGGGCCAGCCCCUGAAGCCUCCCUGCAGACCCGGCUUCUCUCAGAACUUCUACACGGUGAUUGUCCCCAGAGACUUACUACACGGCCAGAGCAUCCUCAAAGAUACCACCCUGUCCAGCAAGCGUGUGAAGUUUGAGGAUUGCCAACACAGCAGAGAGGUGGGCUUUGUCAGCAGCGACCCCAACUUCAGCGUGAGGCCCGAUGGGAGCUUGUACACGGAGCAGGAGGUGGCCAACCUCUCCGAGCCCGUCCAGUUCAUGGUGACGGCGCGGGGACUGCACGACCCGCACAUCUGGGAGACCACCGUGAAGCUGGCCCUCGCCGGACAUCUUCACCCUCUACCGCUAACAAAGAUCGGCUUUGAAGAAAUGCUGUCACGGGUGUGGGAGUCCCAACCCAGGGUUAUCAAGUUCUCUCGAAGACAUCAGAGAGGUUCCUCUGCGAACAGCUUGAGGCGGCAGAAGAGAGACUGGGUCAUCCCACCUAUCAACGUUCCUGAAAACGCCCGAGGACCUUUCCCAAACAUGCUUGUCAGGAUCCGCUCGGAUCAGGAUAGGGACCCCGGCAUCCGCUACAGCAUCACGGGCGCCGGCGCCGAUCAGCCUCCGAGCGGAAUCUACAACAUAGACCCCAUCAGCGGCAACAUGUUCGUCACCCAGCCCCUGGACCGCGAGGAGAGAGCCUCCUUCCACCUGCGAGCCCACGCGGUGGACAUGAACGGGAACCAGGUGGAGAACCCGAUAGACCUGUACAUCUACGUGAUCGACAUGAACGACAACAGGCCCGAGUUUCAAAACCAGGUUUACAACGGCUCAGUGGCUGAAGGGUCCAAACCAGGCUCGUCUGUGAUGCAAGUGACGGCCACGGAUUCGGACGACCCCACCACGGCCAACGGCAUGGUGCACUACCGGAUCCUCUCGCAGACCCCCCACAGUCCCAUCCCCAACAUGUUUGCCAUCGACAGCAAAACGGGAGACAUCAAUACUGUGGCCGCCGGACUGGACAGGGAGAAAGUGUCGCAGUACACCAUUAUCGUCCAGGCCACGGACAUGGAGGGCAAUCUGAACUUUGGGCUCUCCAACACGGCCACGGCGCUCAUAUCCAUCACCGACAUCAACGACAACCCACCAGAACUGACCGCCGGGACGUUUUCCGGUGAGGUCCCGGAGAACAAGGUGAACGUUGUGGUAACCAACCUGACGGUGGUGGACCGGGAUCAGCCCCACAGCCCCAACUGGAACGCUGUCUAUCGAAUCGUCAGCGGCGACCCGUUGGGACACUUCACCGUCCGCACAAAUCCCAUCACGAAUGAGGGAAUGCUCACGGUGGUCAAGCCUGUGGAUUUCGAGAUGAACCGCGCCUUCGUGCUGACGGUGGUGGUGUCCAAUCAGGCCCACCUGGCGAGCGGCAUCCAGUCCUCGCUUCAGUCCACGGCGGGGGUCACCAUCUCUGUCCAGGAUGUCAACGAGCCGCCCGUCUUCCCCGUCAACCCCAAGACAAUCCGUUUCGAGGAGGGCGUGCCGGCGGGGACCACGCUCACAGUGUUCGCAGCUCAGGACCCCGACCACUUCAUCCACCAGAUCGUCAGGUACUCGAAGCUCUCCGACCCGGCUAACUGGCUGAAGAUCAACAGAACCAACGGUCAGAUUACCACCAUGGCCUUGCUGGACAGGGAGUCCAUGUACGUCAAAAACAACAUGUAUGAAGCCACGUUCUUGGCGUACGACAAUGGUAAGUCUGGUUUUCCCCAGGCCAGCGGGACCGGGACGCUCCAGAUCUACCUGAUUGACGUCAACGACAACGCUCCCGUGCUGAUCCCCAAGGAGGCGCAAAUCUGCGAGCGAGCCCGGCCCAUCUCCAGAAUCAACAUCACGGCUUCGGACGCCGACGCCGAGCCCAACGUCGGGCCGUUUGUCUUCGAGCUGCCUUCGUUUCCUGCCAGCAUCCGCCGGAACUGGACCAUCUCCAGACUGAGCGGCGACUACGCUCAGCUCAGACUGAAGAUUCCUUACCUGGAGGCAGGCGUCUACGUGAUCCCGGUCAUAGUGUCUGACUCAGGGAACCCGCCUCUGUCCAACCGCUCCAUGAUCAGGAUCAAAGUGUGUCCCUGCGACAACAACGGGGACUGCAGUGCCACGGGGGCCGUGGCGGCCGCUGGCCUCGGCACCGGAGCCAUCAUCGCUAUCCUCAUGUGCAUCAUCAUACUGCUGAGUAUGGUUCUGCUGUUCGUGGUGUGGAUGAAGCGCAGAGAGAAGGAGCGGCAAGCGAAGCCCCUGUUGAUCGACCCAGAGGACGACGUCAGAGACAACAUCCUGAAGUAUGAUGAAGAGGGAGGUGGAGAGGAAGACCAGGACUACGACCUGAGCCAGCUGCAGCAGCCGGAGUCUCUGGACCACAUCAUCAGCAAGCCAACGGGGGUGCGCCGGGUCGAUGAGAGGCCCGUGAUUGCUGAGUCGCAGUACCCUGUCAGACCCAGCGUGCCCCACCCGGGGGACAUAGGAGACUUCAUAAACGACGGUCUGAGGGCUGCAGACAACGACCCCACCGCCCCACCGUACGACUCCCUGCUGGUGUUCGACUAUGAAGGUAGCGGUUCGACCGCCGGCUCCGUCAGCUCGCUCAACUCCACCAGCUCAGGAGACCAGGACUACGACUACCUCAACGACUGGGGUCCGCGCUUCAAGAAGCUGGCAGAUCUCUACGGGGGAGGAGCGGACGACUGAGAGCGGGGCGCGGGCGGCGCGGGGGUGGCGGGGGGGCGGGCUGUGGCAGGGGUCUGGAGAGGCAGGAACGGUCGAGAGAGGAUGUAAAGCACCCGACAACACAAAGAGACCACGGUAGAGACCUGAGAGGAACGGACCUUUUUCCACGGGCUGCAGUAGUCGGCCGAGCCCGCAGACGUGAACUCCGCUGCAAUGCAACUGUAUUCUGGCUUUAUGGUUUUUAGUGCCGAGUUUGUAGUGUGACAUUUUCAGUUUUUCUCCUUUUUCUUUUUUUUUCCCGUUCUCUCGCCACGCUGGACCUGGAUUCCUCCGGGGACGAAUCAAGGCGGGCCGCGAGACACACGAGUAGUGAAUUUUGUGUUUUGAUCGAUUGUUGAAAACAAAACUAUCUCCGGCUUUAGUCUCACACUGAAGAGAAUGUUUUUAUUUGGGAGGGAAAGAGGGGGAAGGAGGCGCUCACCGACCCUCUCUUUAACUCUUUGUCAACUUGAAUUUCCUUAGAACAGAAGCACUGUCAUUUUAUAAAGUGCCUUUUGUGGUGUGUUUUUGUAUCAGACUCCUGCUAUCUCAGGAUUGGUUGCUGUUCGUGCAGUACAACGGGGGCGACGCGCUCUGUCGUUUCCCCCGUCAUCGUCAGACCAGCCCUGCCCGUCUCGUUUUUUUUGCCCUCGCCCAAUCGCAGACAUGCAAACAGCCCCAGCAGCCUGUCCCAGGAGAGGGAGGACGCAACCCAGGGCGGACUACCAGAUCCCAUAACCCAUCGAGUUAAAGAGUUGUCGAGGGAGGGUUGGACCACCCUCUUCUCCAAGAACCUGCUCAGUCCACUAGCAUCCUCCCUUAACCCCCAAAACCCUUGUCAACCCAGUGUCAACAUUUUUUUUAUACAUGUUGGGGGUUUUAUAAUUUAUUGGAGAAUGCUUGCCUUUCUUCUGUGGACUCAUGAGGUUUUAAGGAGCCUUGGUGUUGAGACGCUUGCCUGCCCCUUGUAUGGUUUUGUGUUGCUAACUCCACGGUGUAAAGCUUAACGUAGGCAUGAUACGAUUAGUCCGAAAAACGUUGAUCGAGGGGAACUCAAAUGACUCGGAACGAAGACGCCUGAAGAAGAUUCUUUUGGUCGCCUUGAACAUUCCUGUUUAUCCUUUUUUUGUUUGUUUUUUGUUUAGGCCGACAAAGCUAUUAAAAGGUGCAUGAUUUUUAAUUUGUUUUGGUUUAGUUUUUUUUUUUUCUUCAGAUGUUUUACUCAAAGCACUUGUUACUCUGUGGUGAGAAUGUGAAAAUAGUCAGCAGAAACUAUAUGAAUAUACUCUGUAUAAAGACACUGAGAAAAUAAAAAAAAUACUGUAAAAUACGUAUUUUUCAAGUAUCAAUGACGUAUAGCAGGGAAAAUAAGUAUUGACACUGGUCAGCGUUUUGUCAGGAGAUAGACGCAGAACGGGCCUAUCACACUAAUUCAUUCCAGACGUUGGUAUUUAUCCACGUAAUCCAAAAGCAUGCAAAGAAAUCAAAACAAAUUUCAGUUUUUACACAGAAACUCGGCUCUUUAUCGAUUCAAAUAUUUGUGUUAGCUGAUUUAGUCCUAAUUGAUGAAAAGGUUUUUUGUUUUUUUUAUCACCAUUGUAUCACAGAAGAUCUUCACAACCUCCAUGUGGUAAAUAUACUAAUUGGUUUGGUUUACAAACUUAUUUCUGAACUUAUAAAUGUUCUUGCCAGGAAUGUUGGGGGCAUUUACGUGAGAGGAACAUCAUUUUUCUUUUUAAACUAGUCAGGACCAUAUCCUCUUCUCACAAAACAAAUUACAUUUAAAAAGACUUGGAAUUAGCAGGUCAGGUUAUUCUCAAAAACGAUAAGUAAUGGAUUUAAAUAAAAUGGUCUCUCUGCACGUGCAAUGCACAAGACUCCACUGAAGAAGGAAAAUCAUGUUUUAUGUUUGCUGCAGAACAAUUGUGAAAGCCCCUAGAACAUAGCCUAGUCAAAGUUUUUGGACUUUUUGGAUGCCACCAUGACACAUUUGGAGGAGGAAUGGCACUACGUUUGCACCAAACGCACCACAAAAACAGCAAAGUUUUGGGGUGGAAACAUCAUGUCAUCUUUCAGCAUGUGGAAUUUGAUCAUCUGAAAAUGGAACGUGGGUGGAUUUUUUUUUUUUUUAAGCAGGACCAUGAUCCUAAACACACAACCAUGAAAAUGCUUAAUGGGUUUCAGAGAAAAUUCUCCAGUUACUUUGUUGACUGGACAAGUCAGCUUUAAAUCCAAUUAAAAAUCUCUGGAAAAAAUGUGCAGAUGAGAGCAAAGGAGAUGCUUGACAAUAAUUUGAAGACGUGUCAAAAUCUCACCUGAGCAUGCUACUAUUUUCUCUACACAGACAGCGACUUAAAGCAGUCUGAACCAACAGAGGCUGUUUUAUUGCGUACGGACAAAUUCCAUGAAUCGUGUACAAUGAACUAUUUUUGACUUCUUUGUCUUGAUUUUUGUGGAUUACUUGCGUUACUGUCAUGCCAGUAUGCUGAUUGUUAAAAAUCUUUCCUGAGAAGAAAGUCAACAAUACUUAUAUUCCCUGCUGUAAAGGUUGCUGCUCUCCGUCUUAAGCUCCUCGGCAAGCUUUGGUGGCCCGUUCAUUUGUAAAAAAAAAAAAAAAAGUGGAUCUUCUGUUAAAAUACGACUUCUCUCAAAAUGCUUGCUUUUAAAUUUUCUGCUUCAGUUCUGCUAACUUUUUUCCAUUUCACAUCUUUUCUAUAUGAAACAUGCCCCAUCGUCUGCCUCUGACAGACGCGCUCCCUCGGUCGGCUUCUUGCCUUGGGACGACUCAUUAGCCAUGCCUGCUGAUAUUAUAUUAUUCAAGGUACUGGAGUUCUUUUAUUUAUUCAUCUCGAUACUGGAUGUGCGCUUCAGGAAAUAAACAACACAUGUUUUGAAAA